AUGAAAAAAAUGAUAACAUAUAUCCUGCAACAUAUAAAUGUGUAAGUGUUGAUCUUGUUAGAGGAUAAUUAAUUUAGCAACAAUUAUAAAUUAGAAAAAAUUAUACAAAAUUUGAGUCCUCAUUAUAAAAUGUAAAUAAGUUUUUAACUUUGGUAAAUUGAUAGUUGGAAUAAUGAAAACUUUUAGUUAUAUGUAGAUGAUUAACUUUAAAAGUAAAUUGUUUUAAGUAAAACAGGUAAUUAUUCUAUUUGCGGAUCUGCUGGAUUAGAAAAACUAUUUAAUAUUGCAGUAACUUUCCCUCAUACAUCAUCAGAUAGUAAAAUAACUAUGAAAACAAACCACAUAAAUCAUUUGAAUUAGGGAGCCUUUGUAAGAAGUAAUUUAUUGAAGAGUUUUAACUAAUUGAUUUUCUACUCUUUUUAAAUCCUCAAUGUUUUACUGUUUAAGAAUGUCUAAGUCCCCUUUAUACAAUUUAAAUUGCAACCUCAUCAUUUCAUUCUCUAAAUGCAGCUAACUCACUUUGUUUUAUUCGAAUUACAUUUGAUAUUGCAAAAGGAUGCAAUUUUAUUAAUGUUGAAUAAAUGCUUAUUGUUUAAUUUUCCUCUAAUCCAACCAUUACUUUGGUUUUGA